AUGGCUUCCAAAGGGAAGAUUACCAUCUCAGCGAAAGGCGCACAGUUUCAUGUGGCCAGUGUGCAGGCUUGUGAGAAGCUUGUCCAGAAAAUAAUUCCUGCAAACAUCUCAGAAAAUCUGCACUUCUCUAUCAAGGGCGGGGUGCAGAAGGGACUUGUUGUCAAUCUGCCUGACACAUUCGAUGAAGUCAGCAACGUCCACCAGUACCAAGCGUACGUCUAUGAGAUCGAGCAGAAGAAGUGGAGGGGAAUCGAUGACUUGAUCGGGAACUUGCUUGACCAUGUUGCUCGAAACUACUCCACUGCCAUCGGGUCAGCGCUAGCAGAGAAGAACGAAGAGAUCCGCACACUCCAAUUGCAAUCGACCGAAGAGAUCCGCACACUGCAGUUGCAAUUGGCAGAUCUCCACACCCGGCAAAUCAUUGAUUCAUGCGCUCAGGAGAUCUACUCGCUGCAUCUGGGGGCCCCAGCUCCAGCGUGCUUGACCGAGGUUCAGGAGGCAGAGGGGUAUGGGCCGCAGUGCAGGCCGGCAAGAGUAGUCAUGGAACAUGCCCUCAGCUGCAAGCUCUCCACAGUCCAGACCUUCGUGCAGGACAUUGAGCUGUCCAACGCAAAGAUCGUCAAUGAGGCCUCAAGCGCGUACAAAUUCCUCAGCAAGAAGCUGCACUCCAUGGGGGCAAAGAAAGUCGUGUACCUCUGGAAAGAUGACAUUAAUGGUUUUGUGAUCAUUCCCACAACUCUGCUGGAGAAGGUAGCAGAAAGGAGUAAUGUUGAGAUCAAGUGGGUGAACAAGUAAACUGUGACUGCCCCCAUUGUGACUCACAGACUUGUGCACCCACAUUGGAUGGACAUGUAAGCUUACAUGCUUGAGCAAUACCUGUAACCAGUUCUCCGUGUGUCAAAUGUAGCACUUGGUAUGUGAAAGAUCUGGUCUUGAUCUUUACUGUACCUGUCUGAUAAGUUUCAAAAUCCUGCCCCAGCAAAAAUUCACAAAAUACUUAUCAAAUUCAAUGUUGUAGUGCAUUGUGCGCACCAGGUCAGGAAGACAUCAAUCGUCACUUAUUAUGAAUAUCAGUUCUGUUACACGUCUUUCCUGC